AUGGGACCGAAAAUCCGAAAUACCAGAGCCAAUCCAAACGCUUUACUUGAGGAUUUACGAUUAACCAAACAGAAUGUCCUUCAGAGGAAUCCCCCUCCUACCACUCCCUAUACAAACGACGCUAGUGCUGUCGGUUCUACAUUUUGGUCUACCUCGAAUUCGAACAAAUUCGCAGAUGUAAAAAGACCAUCCCGGACUAGUUCUAGCUUUCCCCGUCGUCCUCUACAAGAGAACCUCACCAAAUUGGACAGUAUUAUAAAUGACUUAGAUGACCUCGAUGGAAGUACCGAUGCCUAUGAAUCACACGUGGUUUUCAGUAUCGUACGUCUGGCUGCUGCCUAUGACGUCGUAAAGUUGAAAUUCCAGAAGCUAAUUAUGUUCUCUAUAUUCGCAACUUGUACUUUUUCCGACUGCAUUUGA